CACAGCCAAAAUGGCGUUGGAGCGCGGACACACUGUAAGACUCUCUAGUUCCCCACUAAUUCCGGGCAAUAAGAGAGAGGGGCGUGGAAGAGCACGUGACGGGUUGUAAAUACGGAAGUAGCGCGCCUCUGCUGCUAGAUUAUUACAGAGCAUUUUUUGGUAUGGCAGAACCGGCGGGAGAGGAGAAGUUAUCUUCAGAACAGCAGCCGUCAGCUUCUCCUGCAUCUCAGCCUCCAACGUCACAAGACGAUUCUACGGUUGAAACAGCAGAAGAGGCAGUGGAGCCACCGGAAGCAGAUAUCAAUGAGCUUUGCAGGGAUAUGUUUGAUAAAAUGUCAUGCUAUCUUACUGGUGAGCUGAUAGCCACAAGUGAAGACUACAAACUUCUGGAAAAUAUGAAUAAGCUUACAUGUCUGAAAUACAUGGAGAUGAAAGAUAUUGCUGGAAAUAUUAGCCGAAAUCUCAAGGACUUAAACAAAAAGUAUGCAAGUCUCCAACCGUACCUUGAACAAAUAAAUCAGAUAGAAGAACAAGUGGCAUCAUUGGAAAAUGCUGCAUACAAACUGGAUGCUUAUUCAAAACGAUUAGAAGCCAAGUUCAAAAAACUGGAAAAGCGAUGAAGACACGUUUCCACAUAACUAUUAUUGCAAAAGUCCUAAUGCCAAAGGAGGAUUCUUAUGUCAUUCUGUCAACCUUGACAAAGAUUUUUACUAGAAACCUAUUAAAUUGAAGCUCUGUAGCAAAAUAAGUGAAUGGUAUUCAUUUAUGGUUAACUUAUGUCAUUAAAGUUUUACAAGAAAGAAAAUUGUA